AUGGACAUUUUGCUAGAGACCUCAUACUCGUGUCGCUGUGCCCCCGGUUAUACUAGGGCUGAUUGUUCCCUGAACAUUAACGAGUGCGCCUCUUCCCCCUGCCAGAACGGCGCUACUUGCGUCGACAAGGCAAAUGGCUACACCUGUCUGUGCGUCCCAGGCUUCCAUGGCAACAGGUGCGAGAUUAACGUGGACGAAUGCGCGGACAACCCUUGUGAAAAUGGAGGGAGUUGCCGAGACGGGGUGAACGAGUACACUUGUCAGUGUCGGCCUGGCUUUACGGGGCUUAAAUGUGCACAGAACAUUGAUGACUGUCAAGACGUGAGUUGUCAGAACGAAGGGACUUGCGUUGAUGGGGUCAACAGUUUUCAGUGCCGAUGCCCUCCGGGUUUCACUGGAAGAUAUUGCGAAACUAAUAUCAACGAGUGCGCUAGCUCCCCUUGCGUCAACGGCGCCACCUGUCAUGAUGACGUCAACAGAUUCAUAUGCAAAUGCAAGCCAUACUAUUCAGGGAAAACUUGCAGCACACGACAAUCGCCAUGUUUUGGAGUCGACUUCAACAAGGCAUCCGAGUUGGACUUUAUCAAGUUGGAGCCGAAUCUGCCAUUCAGGUCUUUGUCAGCUUUAACUAUAGAAUUUUGGAUGGAGAGCAGUGACAACAAUAAAGUGAAUGGGAGUUAUGGAACGCCAAUAUCGUACGGUACACGUGCUGGCGACAAUUUCACCAUCUUUGGGUAUGUUGUAGUAUGA